AUGUCCGAACCUUCAUCACCACCACUACCACCACCACCACCACGCCAUAUCCUUCGGUCCCAUUCUUCUGGUGUGACUGCUCUCUUCAUCUCCCUGGACAACGAGCGAGUUUACUCUGGGGACGGUUCUGGAUUCGUUGUAUCCACGUCGACGCGUACAUUGCGUGCUAUAUCCUCUUGGAAGGCCCAUGACGACGGGAUACUCGGUGUACAGGAGUGGGGAGCAAACAUCAUCACACAAGGUCGAGACAAUAAGCUUCACGUAUGGCGUCGCGUCGAGGAGCUACCAGGAAUUGGAGGAUCAGCAGCUCUAUCUGAAUCACCCGUUCCUGUCUUUCAAUACUCGAUGGAUGUGAAUGCUUUGAACUAUUGCAGGUUUUCGUUGAUGCUCUUGCUGCUGGAUGAUAGCCAAACGGGCUCAUCGUCCAAGGACCAACUCGGGGACGCUUUUAUUGCCCUCCCGAAUUUAGUCGAAUCUUCAGAGGCCGAUAUUUGGUGUCUUCCGUCUUGCACUCGAGUUCACGCUGCCAUAGGGAAGCAAGAAAGCUGCGGGUCCAUCCUUUCAACAGACGGGCGCGGGAAUCAGGCGACUGGUAUUAUCAUGUCCCUCCAUCUAUUCGAACAUGACGGCACUCUCCGAAUACUCAUAGCGUAUGAGAGUGGAAAUGUAACAUUGCGGGAAUUUGUCAAGUCAGAUCGGACGACGUCCGUUGAAGGGUUGGGAUGGAAAGUGCUAUGGAAGGCGAAACUACACGCUGAGGCUAUAAUGGCGAUGAGCGUAACAAACGACAAUUCCAUGGCAUUAACGGUGUCUGCUGAUCAUUUGAUUGGUCGAUACGACUUGUUGUCGUUUGUAGCUAAGACACAUCGAACGAAUCAUCCGGGAAACGGGGCUGUCACGAUCCGUGACGACGGCAGGGUUUGCGCUGUAGGUGGAUGGGAUGGACAAAUUCGUCUCUAUUCCACAAAAUCAUUUAAACCGCUAGGAACUUUGAAAUACCACAAGAACGGAUGCCGGGCUAUUGCGUUUGCACGGUCACUAUCCGAGUGCCAGAUUGACGCAGAUGACGACGAGGACGGUAUGAGUAAACAGGAAAGGGAAGAGCGGUCUCGGUGGCUUAUUGGAGGUGCCAAAGACAAACUCGUCACAAUCUGGUCUUUGAUAGCAUUCAAUAAAACAUGA